GGUGGGUGGGGUGUGCAGGGAAGGGGGUGCAUGGAGGAGGACAUCUGGCUUCCCUUCCUGUAAAGAAGGCUCUGGGCAGGGACAGCGUAUCCCGGACACAGGCUGACCAUGGAAGAUGGUGAGAAGGAGAGUGGUGACAACAUUCCUGGGCUGGUGGUGACAUAUAAAGCUGGAUGGCUGAAGAAAAGCAGUGGGUUGCUGGGACUUUGGAAAGAUCGUCACAUUGUGCUUCUAAAAACUCAGCUGUUGCUGUGUGAGAGUGAGAAUGACCAGAAAUGUGAGACACUGGAGCUUGCUGACUAUGAACGGUGCCAAGAUCAUAAAGGUUUUCUAAAGCGCAAGAGGCACUUCAACCUCAUCCCCUCACCUCAAACCAAGGGGCAGGAUCUGAAGUUUCAGGCCAGGAACGUGGAAGAGAGAGACUCAUGGAUCCAAGCCCUGAAUGAAGGGAUCAACCGAGGAAAAAACAAAAUUUUUGACGAGGUGAACGUAGACUCCAGCUGCUCAUUAGAACAUGUGACCAGGGACCGAGCUCAGAGGGGAGCAGCAAAGAGAAGACCUCCUACCAGGAUCCACCUCAAGGGGGUGUCUGAAGCUGCUGAAGAUGGAUCUUCAAGAUUAGACCUAGAAAAAGUGGAAGGUGUGGGUCAUAUGCCAUUGAUGUCCAGGUCUGAAAAUACAGGAGCAUCUCCUGAGAAGGAACGUGUGAGUAAACCUACCACCCAACCAGAGCCAGUCCGAGAGAAGAAACCUGUGAAAAUUCCUGUUCCACCACCAAAACAAGGCCCUGUGCCAGAGAAGGAACAAACAAAAAUACCAAUACUACCUCCAGAUCAGACUUCUGCACCAUCAUCCAUAGGAAAGCCCCAUCUGGAUAAAACAGACAGUGUUGUACCAAUUAUUCACCCACCAUCACCACCACCCAAAAUUCUUAAAGAAAACAUUUAUGCAAGAGAGAAAUUAUUGUCUGAAGGUGGAAACACAAACCCUGAAGUAAAAUCAGAUCUUAAAACACCUGUUAGCGGAAGCAGAGAAAACUUGGUAGAUAACAAUAAUCCUCCCCAACCUCCACCAAAGAUCUUAUCUGACAAAAUGAAAAUUAAAUGGGAGGGAUCCACUUCAGAUCUAUUGGGCAAAGAUACAAUAAAGCCAGUUGACAGAGGGAGCAAAGAGAAUCUGGUGGAAUUUGAUUCUGAUGAACUUGGAAAGACUGAUCUUGGGUCAGCUGUGUUGUCUGAUGAAGCAGAAGAGCCAGAGCUAAAUGAUGAUAUAAACAGCCAACAGUCUAACGAUCAGGACAUCUUUGAUCACCUCGAUGAGAAAACCAUUGAAGAAAUUGAAGAGAGUUCAGAAAAUUCUGAAACAAGAGAAAUGCUUGACCUUAGUGCAGUGCAGGAAAAGGCUAAAGAAGUGGCUUUUGAAGACUCAGGUUGCAUCCAAAGUAUGGAAGAACACUUCUCAGAAAAACAAAGCACACUAAUGCCAAUUAAUGCUACAUCAGCAAAGUCAACAUUUCCUGAGAGAAUACCCAGGUCCUCUUCUCUGGGAGAUUUCCUUUCAGAAGAUAGUAUGGGGUUUGAAAGCAAGUGUGGGCAUAAAAAAACAAUAAUACAUCUUACUAAGGACCAUCUGCAUCAAGUUGAAAUGAAGCUUGCCUGUGGAAGGGAGAAAACAGAGACACUUUUAAAUCGGGUCUUGCAGGGAGAGCUUAUGAAAAGUCCUGAAGGCAAUGGGCCAAAGGCAGAGACACUUCUAAAUGAGGCUGUGAAGCAACUCAAAGAGGCAUCACAAGUAUUACAAGAGUUACAAGAAUCCAGUAACAUAUCAACAGAUGUGGCUGGGGCAGUUACCUCGAAAAAGAGAGAACUCGUGACUCUGUACAGAAGAAGUGUCCCUUAGCUUCUACUUAGUAAUAAUACUGAGAAUAAACCUCAGAAGUGCAGCUCUGAGAUAAGUACCUCCUUUCUAAAACUGCUUCAGCACUUUAACCUUUUCUCUCUCUCUUCUGUGUCAGUGUUUCCUGUGUAUGUUUUGGGAACGGACAUUGUAGAUUAUUGUACACAAGCCAUGAUGUCGCCCAGCUCAGCUAAUAAUUGAUUCUAAAUGCAUUAUGUAGGAUUGUAAAUAGAGUUAUUCAUCAGAAAGUUCCAAAUGGGUUCAUCUUACACUCCAUUAUACACUCGUAGCAAAACAGAUGUAAUAUUUAAAUAUAUUUGAGAUUAAAAACUGUAUAUAAGAGGUUUUUUUAAGAAACAUAGAUUAAAUGUUAUAUAUUAAAGGAGAACUAAAACCCCCCAAAGAAAAAGCCUCAUAGUCCAUUACUUAAAAGUGCCUCUGGAUAUAACGCUGCCUUAUCUAUGCAAAGUUGCACAGCGGAGCUCAUGGCUGCCAUCUUCCAUGUCUUUGGAUUUCUUCGCUAAUGAUCUUUUAUGUACAUGCACAGUUGGAGCCAGUCUGGUAUUUGUGCAGGGCCGGAUUUACAUAGUAGGCACCCCUAGGCCUGCUGAUGUUUGUCACCCCUGUCCCCUCCCUUUUAUUUGCUCAAAUUUUCAUUGUCUGGACCGGAGCAAUGGAGAUUGGCACACGGGAAAUUUAAAAAACUACUUUAUCUCCUGAGCAUCCACAGUGUUUCUAAACAAAUGUGGGUGUGGUUGGGCAGCAUGCCGUCCCUAAAAUCCUGCCCGGGUCUUGGUGGCCUCUCCACAAAUCCGGGUCUGUAUUUGUGCUAACUUUGCAUGCACAGGAAAGCCAAAAGGACAGAAGAGGAUUUGGAGAUACUGCCCAUGAGCUGUGCUACUCUGCAUUCAAGUAAUGGACUAUGCGGGGAGGAAGCAGGGAGAGGGUCAAGUAGAGUAUAGCGGAUGGGGGCUUUCUCUGUAGGGGGUUAGUUCUCCUUUAAGGUGGAUCUGUCUAUUGACCUCUAUCUUGGCCUUGCAUAAAGAUCAUGUGAAUUUACUUGUUAAGUUAUAAUUAUCUUCUACAGAACACGCUAUAAUAAAGUUACAUAUUCCUCUGAA